AAGGAGUGAGACAUGAACGUUGACUGUGCUCAUUAGCGUGCGUAUUUUUGUUAAUGGAGACGUUGCGUUGGAAUCACUACAGUGUUGUCGGUGCCUACCGUCUUUUCGUCUUUUCAGUUGAGCACUGACUGUGCAGUUCCAUAGGAGUACUUGAAUCUCGUUGACAUGUAGGCUAUCUGUCUCUAACUUUGGAGAGGCUUGGCGACCAGGUAGCCUGACAGCGAGGGAGCAUGUACUAUCGCUCCUGGAUUCAUUGUGUCUUUUCAAGAAAAAAGCACUGGACACGUUGCUACCACAUGAAGAGGGUAACAAAUGUUUUAAUCCAAUUUUAACGGAGGGCGUUUGAUGAAACGCUAGGGAGAAUGGCUUCGAAGGAACGACUGUACGAGCUGUGGAUGUUGUAUUACACCAAGAAAGAUGUGGGUUAUCUGCAGCAGUGGCUGGAAGCGUUUGUGGCGUCCUUUGAAAGGAUUAUUGAUGUUCGGUCCCUGGAACCCAGACGGCUGGAGGAGAGCGGCUUGGAGGUGCCCCAGCUGCCCAGGGAGGUGCUGGUGCUGCUGAGCACACAGCUGUUGCAGAGUGCCCUGCACCUGUCGGGCCAGGAGCCCAACGGCAGCGUGCCACACCCGCUACUGCUCAUCAAGUUCUUCAUCAUCAUCAGCAGGAACUUGGAGAACAUUGACUCCGACCAGACCCCCGGAUUUCUGUUUGAGACCAUCAAGCUUUUAUCAUUCUGCCUCAAUCAGCUGAAGCAGCAGCCAGAGGAGCAGGAGUCUCUGCAGAGUGUGGUUCAGCACGGCCUGCUGCUGUGUGAGAGUCUCUUUGACCCUUAUCAGACCUGGAGGAGACGGCUGGCAGGGGAGGAAGUGAGUUUGCUGGAGAGGAGUAAAUACAAGUUCACCCCGCUGUCGGUUCCCGAGGAGCUCCCAGCUCUCUUCCAUGAUGUGCUGCAGGAGAGCGAGCGUCUUCCUGAGCCGCUGGUGGUGUGGCUGGUCCAUCUGCAGGGUGCUGUCCUUAGCGGGAGCAAGAAGAACGGUCUGCUGUCCCUGACGUCCCCCGCGGUGGACAACCUCCUCUCCGUGCUGCGCGCCUGGUGCCUGUGGCCGCCCCCCUCCUCCUCCGGAGAGCAGCCCAAGGACCCGCAGCUCCUGCGGCUGACCCUGCAGUGCCUCACCGCCAUGCUGCACCUGCUGCACGGCAGCAGCCCCGCCGAGCGGCAGCUGGACAUCAGGCACGUGCUGGACGGCUACUUCCAGCUGCUCAACUGGAGCAGGCCCCCGGCGGACGGCGCCGACUCCAUGCCACACUGGGAGGAGAGCCUGGUCACCCUGCAGACGCACAUGCUCAACACCAUCCCCCAGAUCCUGCAGUGUUCGGACCGAGCCGUGCUGCAGGCCAUCUUCCUCAACAACAACUGCUUUGAGCACAUCCUCCGCCUCAUCCAGAACAGCAAGCUCUAUCAGAGCCGUAGGUGUAGGACGGAUCAUGGUGAGGGUGUGUGUGACCUCAGCACACGCUUACUGACGGAGGUGGAAGUGGAUCAGGUGUGGGAGAAGGGCUCAGACUGCAUCACGGUGCAUGCUAUCGGAGUCCUCACUGCCAUCAUGAGCAACUCUCCUGCAGCCAAGGAGGUCUUUAAAGAACGGAUCGGUUACUCCCAGCUGUUUGAUGUGCUCAAGAGCCAAGGCCGGCCCACCAAACGACUUCUGCAGGAGCUUAUGAACAUGGCGGUGGAGGGGGAGCACUCCCAGGCGGUGCACCUGGGCAUCAGUAAUGAGCAGCCGCUGGUGCUGCUGCUGCAGUGGCUGCCGGAGCUGGGUCAGCGCGAGCUGCAGCUGCUGGUGGCCCAGUGGCUGGCGGCGGUGUGCGGGGGCUCGCUGGCCUGCCGCACGGUGGCGGCGGAGGCCGGCCUGGUGGACACGCUGCUGGAGGUGCUGCUGCGGCCCGAGCGGCUGGACGGCCAGUGCGCCGACGUGCUCCUGGGCCUGCUGCAGGACCUGGGCGCGCUCUCGCUGCGGCCCGAGCAGCUCAAGGCCCUGCUGAGGCUGCUGCGCACCGACCAGGCCUCGCCCGCCGGCUCAACGACGCCACCGCCACCGCCGCCGCCGCACCCUUACUGCGCCCGCGUCACGCGCGUCCUCUCGGCCAUGGCCACGCGCGAAGGCCGCGCCAGCGCCCUGCAGUACUUCGACCUCUCGCCCCCCAUGGCGGGCAUCAUGGUGCCCAGCAUUGCCCGCUGGCCGGGCAGUGCCUUCGCCUUCCACGCCUGGCUGUGCCUCAACGUGGAGUUCCCGCCGCUGCAGCCCGACGGCUUCUCCGCGGCGGGCACGGCCGCGUGCCACUCGCCAACCAUGGGGCACCCCAUGGGCCACGCCAUGGGCAAAGGGCCCCGCAGGAAACAGCUCUACAGCUUCUUCACAGCGAGUGGCACUGGCUUCGAGGCCUUCUUCACCAUGGAGGGCGUGUUGGUGGUGGCUGUCUGCACCAAGAAAGACUACAUGGCCGUUUCUCUCCCUGAGAAGCCUCUUGUAGACCAAGCCUGGCACUCGGUGGACAUUGUGCACAUUCCGGGCCGCCGGCCCUUCGGCCAGAACUCGGUCACCAUCUACGUGGACGGAGAGCAGGUCAAGACAGCCCAGCUGCGCUUCCCUUCCAUGAAUGAGCCCUUCACAUCCUGCUGCAUCGGCUCGGCGGGACAGAGGACCACCACCACUACUACCUCCCCCACCUUUCCUCCGCCCUCCCUCAGUGGCUCCAACAACGACUUGGCCUUCGCGCCGCACGCUGCCGCCCUCACCCGCUCCCAGUCCUUCCCAGCGUCCUUUGCGGCGGGGCGCUGGGGCCUGGGGGGAGCGCGGGACGCCCCCGUGCACACCAUCCCCGCCGGGCUGCAGGACACCGAGUGGGGGACCCCCACCUCGCUGGACGGCCUGCUGGGGACGGCCUUCAUCUGCCACGAAGCUCUUCAGCCUGCCCAGACACGCACGCUGCAUGGCGCGGGUCCCAACAAUGUGUGCCUGUUCAAAUCUGAUGGAGAGCUUUCCGAACUCAACAGCAAACUACUGCUCUACUACACUCCUCAGGCUUUUAAGAGCCAAAUAUGUCUGGACCUGUCUCCCAACCACCACUAUGAUGGCCGACUGACUGGGCACCGCGUGGUCAACUGGGACAUCAAGGAUGUGCUCAACUCUGUGGGGGGGAUGGGCGCGCUGCUGCCCCUGCUGGAGCAGGUGUGCGGUGGCGAGCAGACGGAGGCCGGCGGCGUCCAGGAGGCCUCGGAUCUGCUGGGGCCGGAGCUGACCUCCUCCAGGGGCCCUGCAGGCAUGCUGCUCCCCCUGGGCAAAUCCUCAGAAGGCCGUCUGGAGCGGAACAGCGUGGCUGCCUUCCUGCUGAUGGUGAAGAACAUGCUGCGUCACCACCCCGUCAACCAGGAGAGCCUGCUGCACUGCCACGGGCCCGCCAUCAUCGGAGCCAUGCUCAGCAAGGUGCCCAGCCGUAUGAUGGACAUGAGCGUGCUGAUGGCGUGCCAGUUCCUGCUGGAGCAGGUGUCCAGCGAGGGCAGCAGCGCCCUGCUCUCGCAGCUCUACCAGCACCUGCUCUUCGACUUCCGCAUCUGGAGCCGCAGCCACUUCGCCGUCUGCCUGGGCCAUGUCCAGUACCUGUCCACUGUGCUGAAGGAGAGCAAGCAGCGGACGCGGAGGAAGUACGGCGUGCAGUACAUCCUGGACUCCAUACGCACUCACUACAGCGUGGAGAAGGACGGCAGCCCUCUGUCCGACGAGAAGCAGACGGUCCAGAUCUCGCUCUUCUCCCUGCUCAAGGACUUCCUGCUCAAGUCCACCAGCCCAGAGGAGCUCCACAGUGUGCUGGCUUACGCCUGCAUCGCCCCGGAUGAGCAACAGGUGAUCAGUGCUCUGGACGUGGUGUACAGCGUGCUGCGCUGCACUCCUCCGCGGGACCAGGCCCUGAGCGUGCUGCUGGAGUGGGGCGUGGAGCAGCUCUACUGCCUCCUGCUCAAGCCCCACUUCCCCGACGAGGCCCGCGAGAGGGUGUUCAGGGUGCUGUAUAAAGUACUGAAGAGUGAGCGCGUGCAGGAGCGCAGUAAACAACGCAUCAAGCUCCGAGACUCCAGCUACCUUGGCCUGGUCUGUUUCCUUGGAGACACCCCCGUCACCAUGACCACCAUCCGCUGUCUGUACGAGCAGGUUUUGGCCACAGAUCCUACUCCUAACUUCCGAGAUCUGUUGGCUGUUGUGUACCUAUCUCACCGCUCUGACCUGACUGUGCGUCUUGACAUGUGUCGCAAGCUCUUCCACCUGAUCUACUCCAGUGAGGAGUACGUGCGUCAGCUGGCGCGGCAGGCCGGCUGGCAGGACGUGCUGACCAAGCUCUACGUCAAGGAGUCGUACGAGUCGCGCGCCGCCAGCCAGUCCAGCUGCAGCCCGCACAGCUCCCUGGACCCCGCCGCCUCCCGCCCGCCCCUCCUGCGCCGCGACGACAGCGUCAUCGAGGACCGCGCCGCCGACGUCUUCAUCCCCUACAGGGCCCGCGAGGAAGAGGAGGAGGAGGACGAGGAGGAGGAGGAGGAGGAGGAGGACGAGGAGGAGGCUCAGCAGGACGUGUCCGAGGGCUUCUCGGAGUACUCGUCGCAGUCGCCGCCGCCGCCGCGCGCCACGCUCAAGGGCCUCGGCGAGUCGCUGCACUUCAAGUCGUUCGACUCGACGGAGCGCAGCAGCCGCUCGUCCUCGCUGUCCAACACGGUGGACAUCCCGGCGUCGCGGCUGGAGGAGGAGGGCGCCUACUACCCGCUCUCGCCCUUCGGCACGUCGCCGUUCGAGCUGGACCUGGGUCAGGCGGGCGCGGGGGGUGGGGGCGGAGGAGGGGGGAGCGGGGCGGCCGGCGGGCCCAACGGGGCGCACCACACGCCGGCCGGCAGCCAGGCGGACACCCCCUCGCCCCUGGAGCACAGCAAGCCCUUCCUGGGGCCGCGGCCGCGCAAGAGCUCCAGCCUGUCCAACGUGCUGGACGAGGCCAGCUACAGCACCGAGCAGCCCACCGCCGACAGCAUCUCCAACACCUCCAACCCACAGCAGGCGCCCGAGGAGGAGCUGUGCAACCUGCUGACCAACAUUGUGUUCUCGGUGCUGUGGAGCGGAGCCGAGGGCCCGGAGGACGCCGUGUGGCGGGAGAGGGGACAGGUCUUCUCCGUCCUCACCAAGCUCGGCAGCUCCUGCCAGCUGGUCCGCCCGCCCGACGACAUCAAGCGCAGUCUGCUGGAGAUGAUGCUGGAGUCGUCUCUGUCGGACCUGCGCGACGCGGCCGGCGUGACUCCGCCCCACCACCCCAACCUGCUGCGUCUCCUGCGCCUGCUCCAGGACUUCCUGUUCUCCGAGGGCACCGACAACCACAACCUGUGGAGCGAGAAGAUAUUUGAGGGCAUGGUGAACCUGCUGGACAGGCUGCAGGCGUGGCAUCCUCCCCCUGCGUCCCCCUCUGGCCCAGAGCUCAGAGAGAUGGCCCACAUCGGCCUGCGCAUCAUCACCGGAUACAUCCAGCAGCAGCACCCACAGGUGUGUGUGAUGGCCUGUGUGAAGCUGCACAGUCUCCUGCAGACAGUCUUGUGUUUGAGCUGGGAGGAGGUCUGCUUCCUGUUGGGCCGCUUGGGCGCCCCCCUGUGGCCAGCCGAAGGCGUUGCAGCCGACGCCAGCGGGCGCGAGGAGACUUUUAGCCAGCUGGUGCCCAUCGUGCGGACGCUGCUGGACCAGCACGCUGACCCGGUGACCCUGCAGAGGCUGCUGCCCUCUCUGCCCCCCACCAACGGCAGUGCCACCUUCGCCCAGGACCUGAGGGCCUACUGCAACACGCUAGAGUGGCAGAACUUCUACCACAACCACGUGGAGGUGACCAUGGAGCAGUACGAGGUGGACACAUUCAGCAAGAGCCACGACCUCAUGUCCAACUUCUGGAACUCCUGCUUCGACGACCUCAUGAACACCGCUCAGAUCCGAGACAAGGAGCGCGCCGACAGCAAGGCCAAGUUCCAGGAGGUGAUCGUGGACCCAUACCUGAAGCGUGUGAAGGUGGAGAACGGCCGCUACCACGUGGGCCAGAAGCAGGGCGUGAGCCAGCAGACGGUGGUGGCCAAGCACUGGAAGGCCCUGCAGAGGCUCCUCACCCACCAGAGAGCUGCCUGGGCACUCAGAAACCAGCCAGAGGUGAAGUGGACAUUGUCCAAUGCAGAGACCUACUCCAAGAUGCGCCUCAAACUGGUCCCCAACUACAACUACGACUCUCACAGCGAAGCGGCUGCACUCAGGGACAAUAUGGGAGCGGACAGCCCUCGCAGCAGCUCAGACACCCUCCCGUUGGCCGUGGCCAAGGAGGCCAAAGUGAGCGACAUGGAGGACGAUCAGCUGGGCGAUGAAGACAUGUCCUUACUCAACCAGCCGGAGGGCGAGGAGGAGAGCCAGAAGGAGAAGCUGGUGCUGUCGGAGGACUGUGAGCUCAUCACCAACAUCUCGGUGGUGCCAGGACGUCUGGAGGUCACCACGCACCACCUGUACUUUUACGACGGCAGCAGCGAGAAGGAGGAGACCGAGGAGGGUAUUGGGUUUGACUUGAAGCGACCCCUCAGUCAGCUGCGGGAGGUCCACCUGAGGAGGUACAACCUGCGCAGAUCUGCCCUGGAGCUCUUCUUCAUUGACCAGUCCCAUUACUUCAUCAACUUCAAGAAGAAGGUGCGAAACAAGGUGUACUCUAGGAUCCUUGGGUUGCGGCCUCCCAAUCUUUUCUACUUUGGAUCUCGCUCCCCCCAGGAACUCCUCAAAGCGUCCAACCUCACACAGAAAUGGGUUCACAGAGAGAUCUCCAACUUUGAGUAUCUCAUGCAGCUCAACACCAUAGCCGGCCGCACCUAUAAUGACCUCUCCCAGUACCCUGUGUUUCCUUGGGUCCUGUGUGAUUACACAUCUCCGGUGCUGGACCUGGACGACCCUGCUGUGUUCCGUGACCUUUCCAAACCCAUCGGGGUCGUGAACCCACGCCAUGCGCAGAACGUCAAAGAGAAAUACGAGAGCUUUGAGGACCCCACGGGUGCGAUCGACAAGUUCCACUACGGCACACACUACUCCAACGCCGCGGGAGUCAUGCACUACAUGAUCCGAAUGGAGCCCUUCACCGGGCUGCACAUCCAGCUGCAGAGUGGCAGGUUUGACUGUGCAGACAGGCAGUUCCACUCGGUGGCUGCAGCGUGGCAGGCCCGGAUGGAGAGCCCGGUGGACGUGAAGGAGCUCAUCCCAGAGUUCUUCUACUUCCCAGAGUUCCUGGAGAACAUGAACGGCUUUGAUCUGGGCUGCCUGCAGAUGUCUCAGGAGCCAGUGGCUAAUGUAGUGCUGCCUCUCUGGGCCUCCUCUCGGGAGGACUUCAUCAGGAAACACCGGCAAGCCCUGGAGAGUGAGCAUGUGUCUGCCCACCUGCAUGAGUGGAUUGACCUGAUCUUUGGCUGCAAGCAGCGCGGGGAGGAGGCCGUCAACGCCCUCAAUGUCUUCUACUACUGCACUUAUGAAGGGGCGGUGGAUUUGGACGCUAUAGCCAAUGAGACCGAGCGGAAAGCUCUAGAAGGCAUCAUCAGUAACUUCGGUCAGACUCCUUGUCAGCUGCUCAAGGAGCCUCACCCUCCCCGCAUGUCCGCGCAGAGUUCCUCUCGGCGGCUGGCCCGCCUGGACACUCUCCCCCCCCAUCUAUUCGAGCAGCUGGACAAGCUCCGGCCUUUCGUAGAGGUGGUGAGUGAUGGACUGCCUCUAGCGCAAGCUGUGGUGCCCCGCAAUCAGACCAGAUCCUUCAUUAUACAGGGAUCAGAUGUGCUGGUGUCAGUAAGUGCCAACGGUCUGAUUGGGACGCACAGCUGGCUGCCCUACGAUAAAAGCAUCGCCAACUACUUCACCUUCACAAAGGACCCCACUGUGUCCAACCCCAAGACCCAGAGAUUCCUGAGCGGGCCCUUCUCCCCGGGCGUGGACAUCGGGCCGAAGGUGCUGGUGGUGUCCAACGACGGGCGCCUGCUCUUCAGCGGAGGCCACUGGGACUGCAGCCUGAGGGUCACCAUGCUGGGCAAGGGCAAGCUGGUGGGCAGGAUCUGCCGGCACAUCGACAUUGUCACAUGUCUGGCUUUGGACCUCUGUGGAAUCUACCUCAUCUCUGGCUCCCGGGAUUGCUCUUGCAUCAUCUGGCAGGUGCAGCAGCAGGGGGGCCUCUCCAGCGGACUCUCCCCGAAGCCUGUGCAGGUGCUCUCCGGACACGACCAGGAGGUCACCUGCGUGGCCAUCAGCACCGAGCUGGACAUGGCCAUCUCAGGGUCAAAGGACGGCACUCUGAUCGUGCACAGCGUGCGGAGGGGCCAGUUCCUGCGCUCUCUGCGCCCGGUUUGCGAGGGCGGCCUCUCGUCCCGCAUCACUGAGCUGGCUGUGGGCAUGGAGGGGCACCUGGUGGCACACGCUGUGGUGGAGGGCAGGCACUCUGGAAAGGAGACGUCCUCCAUCCACGUGUACUCUGUGAACGGGCGGCAGCUGGCUUCUGUCUCUCUGGAGGAGCAGGUGUCGGCGCUCUACCUGGGGGUGGACCACGUCGUCCUGGGCACCACCCAGGGCAGUCUCCACAUCCGAGACCUCCACAGCCUGAAGCUGUCGGUGUCGCCGCUGCCGUUGAAGGUGCCGAUCCGCAGUGUGUCGGUGACUAAGGAGAACAGCCACGUGCUGGUGGGGCUGGAGGACGGCAAGCUCAUCGUAGUGGGAGCAGGCAAACCAGAGGAGGUGCGCUCGGGGCAGUUCUCCCGUCGUCUGUGGGGCUCCACGCGCCGCAUCUCUCAGGUGUCCUCAGGGGAGACUGAGUACAACCCCACCGAGGCCGCCGCCGCCGCAGCCAAGUGAGACAGAUGUGCCAGGGCAGGGCAGGGACACGCUGACCACCACCACCACCACCAACGUGCCUUCAGCCCCCGAUGCUGCAGGCCAGGGCCAGAGGUCGUGAGGGGGGACCGGGAUCAGGAGAGCCGUGAGAGGACUGUCUCAGGACCUGACCACUGCACCUCUGGACUUCACUGCUGGGGAGAGAGAGAAAUCCCCCCUCCCACCACCACCACCACCACCACUACCACUACCACUACCACUGUUUUUAUACGAGUGAGCUGAGUGAGGGUAAAGGGAACCGAUAUUCCAAAGAUGCACUUUUUAAAUGAAACUCUUUUCAAAAAUAGGUGUUUUUAUGUGGUAGUUAUUAUUCUUUUGAAAAGAGGCCGUUCCAAAGAUUUUUUUUUUCCCCUAACGGACUUUUCACUUCUGCUGUCGUAUUGAUUUGUGUCUGACAUUUGGUGAGAGUAAAGGAUUUUUAAUUCUGUGCAUUUGAAUGUGUUUUCGGUUUCCUGUGGAGGGGGCCUUGCUGUAGUACCCCAGUACACCACAAGAGGGACACAUUAACACAGGAUGCUUCCUGGGUUUGCUAUGUGAGUUCAGAGCUGCAAAGUAAUAAUGAAUGUGAAUGUGUGUUCAUUGGUUUCUGUUUUUUUUUUUUUUUUACUGAAAGUGCAAGAUACUGUUAUCAAUUCCUGUGAGAGAUUCUUUGAUGCCUUAAAACAGACAAAUGUUUAUGUGUGUGUCAGUUUUCUUGCUACUGAGAUUAUGUUGUAUUUAUCAGUCGUCUGGCUCUUCACACUUUAGUCCACCCAUUACUAAAUUCCACACUAUGUACUGACACACACACACACACACACACACACACACACACACACACACACACACACACACACACACACACACACACACGCACACACACUUAAGCCAAAUAAAGCCCCUGUUUUACUGUUUAGCCACUCAAAUUGACCACAUUUUACACUCUUGUGCUCUCUCUCUCUCUACUCCUGUAUCAAUGAAGUGCCUUUGCUCUAGUGUUUAUUGUUUUUUUGUUCACAGCAUAAUGUGGGCAGUAGCAUUCUUGUCUGUUCAGUCAC